UGUCCAGUCUUCUGUUUGUGGAAUCACUGGCUGGAGUUGGAUGGUAUUAUUCAAACACUUCAUCAGACCGGUCAGUUGCUCUGAUAGUUUAUUGAUCAUAGUGAAUUAAGCUAGAAUUCUGGAUCUCAGUGUUCUUCAAUUUAAGUGUGCAGCCACAAGGAGACCAUCGUCUGGGUGCUCACGCAUGUCGUGCAGCCAGGCAGAAGCAUCAUACUUCUUGUCGUCGUACUGUCACAUUGCUCUGGUUUUUUUGCUUUCCAGUUUGGUACAUCAGGAUAUCAACAAGUGCUCAUGUGCACAUUUGCUUGUAGUACUAAUCAUUUCCACUUUAGUUACAAUGAUCAUCUAAAUCCAUGGUUUUUAUUGCCUAGAGUUGGUAUUGUUUCUUUGGUUUUGCAUUAGUUGCUUGAAAACUGAAAGUAUAUGCAUGAUUCUCUAUUCAUGAGCAUUGCAUUUUGCUGCACAUGAUGGAUUUGUUCGAUGUGUAGGGAUUUUAAGGUAUGUAAAAUAUCUUAACUUUUAAAAGAUGUUAACAAGAACAUAAAAUAGUAAUUAUUAUUUUGAAUUUUAAUGUAUCUUAUCAUAACAUGUUCGCUCCGUAGCAACGCACGGGCAUUCACCUAUUAAGCAUGAUGGCUCAUAUGAAUCAGAUCCUGCAGUUGAGAUUGUUCGAGUUGAACUCCAAGGUGGUGCUGCAUUUCUUUUAUUCUCGUCUGGUACCUCUUGUACUUCUUCUGGUUGAAGGUUCCACGCCUAUAGAUAUUGGAGAACAUGGAUGUGAAAUGCUUCUGGUAGUAAAGAAGGCAACACAAGAGUCUGGUUCAAAAUUUGAACUGCUAGGUUUUGCAGCUGUGCAUAACUUCUAUCAUUAUCCUGAGAGUAUUCGCUUACGAAUCAGCCAGGAUGAUCAAGUUGCUGAGAUCCAGGCUCAAGGAUUAUCUAAGGAUUUUGUGCAGUGGGUUAAUCAAGGAGAGGCAUUUUGGUACUGAUAUUCCAAGAUGGGUGUACCAUGUAAAUUCAAGGCACAUGAUGGUUGCACUUGCAAAAGGGGGGAAAAUAAGGGAGGAGUCUACAUGAUGGCAGUCCAGACCUCAUUUCAAAGCAUAUUAACUCUUAAAGACCAUUGCAAGGAGGGACCAUCAAUGUGCAUGAGAUUGUUUGUCAACCAUCAACAAUUCAGCAUUCUCUUUGCGGUAUACGAAUAUGAUGAUGGGCUGAGUCACACGCACUGUUAGAAGAGUUGUGUAGGGAAGUGUACCAUUCUGUUCAUUUAUUGAAGCUUGCUCACCAGGCUGGUAGAUAGUGCAUUGUUAUUAUUUUUCUUAAAAGGAAUGAAAGAAUUUAGGUAGUUUAUUCUUUUUAAGAUGUACCAUUGUCCAGGCAUCAUCCCCAUC